AACAAAUUAGUAGUCUGUCGAUGUUUUUGAACGGUUUCGCUUGUGUGAAAAUAGAUUGUGUGUCGAAUAUUUUUUCUAAACAAAUCUAAGUGUUUUUGAAGUUCACGAUGUCGGAUGAAAUCGCAGAGAAUGGAACAGCUAACGGAGACGUGCCGGAGAUUGAGCUGAUUAUAAAGGCGUCGACAAUCGACGGCCGACGGAAGGGUGCUUGUCUCUUCUGCCAGGAGUACUUCAUGGACCUGUAUUUAUUAGCAGAACUCAAAACCAUCAGUCUAAAGGUCACGACAGUAGACAUGCAAAAGCCCCCGCCAGACUUCCGCACCAACUUCGAAGCGACGCACCCACCUAUACUGAUCGACAACGGUCUCGCCAUACUCGAGAACGAGAAGAUAGAACGACACAUCAUGAAGUCUGUACCUGGUGGACACAAUUUGUUUGUACAGGAUAAAGAAGUGGCGUCGUUGAUCGAGAACCUAUACUCCAAAUUGAAGUUGGUUUUGGUGCGUAAAGACGAACAGAAGUCUGCGGCGCUGCGCGCGCACCUCGGCCGCAUAGACGCGCUGCUUGAACGCAGAGAAACUAGGUUUUUAACGGGCGACACGAUGUGCUGUUUCGACUGCGAGCUGAUGCCACGGCUACAGCAUAUCCGCGUCGCCGGCAAAUACUUCGUUGACUUUGAAAUUCCGACGAGUUUUCGCGCGCUCUGGCGUUACAUGUACCACAUGUACCAGUUGGACGCGUUCACACAAAGCUGCCCCGCGGACCAGGAUAUCAUCAACCACUACAAACUGCAGCAGUUAUCAGCAAAAGGUUUGGGAUUGUCACCAACACUGACGCGGCAAGAGAAAGAGACCAAUACGGAUUCGGCUCUAAAAAUGAAGAAACACGAAGAACUCGAGACACCAACGUUCACCACCUCCAUCCCGAUCGAUGUCAACGACUUGAAUAACACAGAGUAACUGUUAAUCUAAUUGUGUACAUUACGUGGAGCGAAAAUGAGCCUUGGUACAAUAAAUAUUAGGCGAAAAAUCGAUUUAUGUCCACCGUUAAAUAAAAUUCAUUGCAGCCGGCGCAAUGCUGGCAACGUUGCAUUUAUUGGAAUGUUAAUUGUCAUCUUGACAGUAGUUCACCUUGCGAUAAAAAUAAUACGGGACUCGAUCAGCUGACAGCUGUUAACUUUAGGGGCUUAUUAGACUGGUCUAAUAUCUACGGGGUCAUAUUAUAAACUAAUUGAAAUUUUUUUAUCACUUAUAUUUUUUACAAUAACUUGUAUAGUUUAGGAAUAGUGAGAACAAUUAGUUUUUAUUUUUGAUCUUAUAUUAUAGACAGUGUAAUGGCCCCCUUAGGCAUAUAAAAUUAUAAGCAAUUAACUUAAUAAUGCACAGGAUAUUAAUGUGAACUACUGUAUUACUUUUCUGUGCUGUACCUUAUAUUGUCCAGUUGAAUUGUGUUAUAAUUAAUUGGAAUUUAAAUACUUAAAAUAUAGUACCGAGGGUUGACCUUCCCCGCCUUUGUUCCUACUCUUCCACGCCUUUCCGCUUCCAUACGUCCCGCCCGUCCCAAUAAAGAUUAAAUCCUUUAUUCAUAAAAACAAUUCUACGAAUCGUUAAAUGGCUCGUAAGAAAGGGAUUAAACGUUUCAAUAAUUAUAAUUAAUAUAGGUUUAUAAAGCGUUUAGCGUUUUUAUGAAGAAAAGGGAUAUAUAUUUUUGUUAAUUCAAUGUCUUAAUGUUGCUAUAUUAUCGUCUAUGAGAUUGGAUAUCUGGUUUGGUGCAAGUUUUUAUUGUUGUGUUUGAUAUAUAAGGAGAAAUCCACAAUCGGGCUUAAAUCACGUUAUUUGUACAUUAUUGGAAAGUAUAACUAAAGCUAUGUCUAAAUUAUUGUUUUAUAUGUGAUCGUUUUAUCUUUAUAAACAUUUGUUAUGACAAGUUCACAUUCACUGUUCAUCACUAGCUAAUAUUAUCAUCAGCAUUGGACGAGUCAUAUGUAUUACCACCUAGGCCAGAGAUUCCCUAAGAUUUUUAGGCUUAUGUACUACUUUCGGUAGUCGAAUUUCUGUGUACUUAACUAUAUAAAAUAUCUUAUAGCGUUUUAUAAAUACAUUUAGUAUUUCAAUAUUGAGUAUGCAUAGGUAUUAUGUACACAGGUACUUUCUGGAAGGUCAAAUUGUGGGCAAAUUUAUUAUUAUUUAUAGAUACUUAUUUACACUUCAUAGACCCCCAUAAAUACACAAAUAUAAUCCCCUCGCUGGUUGUAUUCGACCUUUAGGCGACUGAAUUUAUUAUAUCAACAACACAUACGAUGUUUAUGUGUUCAUUUUCUCAUCUUAACCAAACUGUGAGUUGACAGUGGCCAUUAUAUUCUUUUUCGCUAUAGUUUUGAUAAUUAACGCCCUUAGUUAUAAAAAUCAUAAAUUAAAAGGUUUAAAGUACAGUUCAUAUAAAUAAAUAAAUAUAUAUGACUAUACUGGCAAAUGUCUGCCAUUGUAGUAUUUCGAAUUACAAAAUUUUACAUUUCUUUUACAGACCGAAUAGUAUUUUAUAACUAAGGAGGUACAUUUAAUAUUUUUUUUACUUAUAGAUAUCUAUUUUUUAUUAUUUAAUUGGUAUGUUAAUUCGGCAGAGGUGCUGAACAAAUCGAGUCAGUUUUUCUUAAAACUUUUCAUAACUGAGUAUUAUUACCUCCUGUUUUAAAAAACAUGGGUAUAUCUAUACCCGAGUAUUACUUUAUGAUUUAAAACAUAAAUGACAUAACAUAGAAGUUAGACUUAUGUUCAGUGUUCAAACACAACGAAUAGAUAUUCGGAAAUAUUUUGUACAUUCACAAUAGGGUGUAAGAUUGGUUACAGAUUUUCAGUAUUCAUUUAUUAGUUCUUUUUGGACUCCCACUAGUUUUAGGUUAGAAAUAGAAACAAUACGCCUUCUUUUUUGUUGUUAUACCUCUGCCUUCAAUUUAUAUAGUUUUGAAAGGACCAUUUAAGUUAUUACCAUGUUUUUAGCAUUUUGUGAAAGCUCUUGCCUGCCUCAAUGUUACCUACCUACCUAUAGGUAGAAUUAUUAUUAAGUACUUAUUUCUUUAUAUAACGAUAUUGAUAAUCAAGAUUUCAAAUGUUUUCAAUAGAGAGUUAGGAAGUGAGGCUUUAAGUUGGACCACCUAUUUAUAUUAUAGACAUUUAAAAAUUCAAAUAUUCAGAAUUUGCAAGAUUUUUUGUGAAUUUUAGAAUGAAUAAGUUUUUGAAAAUGAAUACAUUUUUUGCAAAUAAUAAAUAUAGUACACACAAUAGAGACAAGGGCGAGAGACGAUCAACAUGUCAGUUGGACAAUGUAUAAAAUAUUAAUACUAGAUAAUAAUGUAAAAUAAUUAUUAAGAAAUAAACAAGGAUGAAU